UAUCUCAAUAAACAUUUUGCAUAGUACGAAAUGCGAAUCACACAGUAAAAAAAACUGAAAUGAAAUGGAGAAAAAACAUGGUUGUUUUUCAGCUUUCCUUUGAGACAUUAAAAUAAUUUUGAGUGUUUGCUUUAGAAAUUAUUUGUAGAAUCCUAAAACGAGCUAGCAUACAAGUUUUAACUCAUAAAUGAUUACUGCCUACGUUAUGAGUCCAAUUUAUGUUAUUAAAUAUAAUUUAGAAUUCAGUGGUGGAUGUCGUUCAGAGAAGAGUUGAAGUUGAUUUGUGUUCGACGAAACCAUGAUUAUUAAGUGUUUACAGUGUUAAAAGUAUCCAGAAUGGUUGUUGGGACGACGUCGUACCCAGGCAGGCAAGUGCUGCACAAGAUGCAGCCGAUGGGCAUGACGCCGCGGGAGCUGUCGGAGUACGACGACCUCGCCACGGCGCUCAUCGUCGACCCCUACCUCGGCAUCAACACCCACAAGAUGAACCUCAGGUUUAGACCCCUCAAAACCAAUAAGGAGGAACUGAAAAAUAUCAUCAAAGAGUUCAUACAGACUCAAGAUUACAACAAAGCCUACAACAAGCUGGCCAAUGCAGACUGGAUGCCGAGACAUUUUAGCAAAAACAAACAUCAACAAACCAAACUUCGGGAACAUAUAUAUCGGUAUUUACGAGUAUUUGAUAAAAAGGCUGGCUUUGUCAUUGAGCCCUGCUACAGAUAUUCGUUAGAAGGGGGUGUAGGAGCUAAAAUUUCAACAACCAAAAAGUUUUUCAAACAUGAGAGAAUAGAUUUUUUAGUUGGCUGUAUUGCUGAGAUGACAGAAGAGGAAGAGAAGCAGCUCCUUCAUCAGGGUAAAAAUGAUUUCUCAGUAAUGUACAGCUGCAGAAAGAACUGUGCCCAGCUGUGGCUGGGGCCUGCUGCCUACAUCAACCAUGAUUGCAGGCCUAACUGUACUUUUGAGUCUACUGACCGUGGUAAAGCUUUUGUUCGUGUGCUUCGAGAUAUUGAUCCAGGUGAAGAGGUAACAUGCUUUUAUGGAGAAGACUUUUUUGGAAAUGGCAACAGUUAUUGUGAAUGUGAAACAUGUGAAAGACGAGGCAAAGGAGCAUUUUCUGUAAAAAAUCCGUCUAAUGAAGAACAAUCCACUAGGUAUAGAUUUAGAGAGACAGAUAACAGAAUUAACAGAACUAAAGCCAAGCAAACAACAAAAACUGUUACUGAAAAAACUGCCGAGAAGACUCGAAUAUCUAAUAGACCUAAUUCAAAUAACAUAGUUUCCCCUCUGAGUAUGAAAGAAAUGAAACAAAAAGGGCUCACAAAAUAUGAUGCAGAGAUGCUAAUAGCCCAAGGUUGCAUAGCUGAUGUGAUGGAUGGUUCUGCACAGGGUGAGAGGAGCCGGGAGUCAUCGGCAUCUAGUAGAGGAGAGCGGCUACGUCGGCGGACGGACAGCGGGCGCGCGGCCAAUGGGGUGGCGGGGCCGGUGGGCGCGGGGGCGGGGGCGGGCCCGGGGAGCGUGGGGGGCGGGGCUUCGCGCCGCGCCGCCCCCGCGCGCUGCGGCAGCACCACCAGCUCGCGCAGCAGUCGAGACUCACACACAGGAAUAGUGCUCAGAAGCCACAAAAGACUUCUUGAAUCUAGUACCCCCUCUCCACACACCAAAACUAAAACUAACAAAACAAAUUCAGAUUCAAAGGAACCAAAAUGUCUCGAAACUAACUCUUCACAUAAUGCAGAUAAUAGCACUCAUGAAAAUAACAUAAGUAUUAAAGUUGAACCUCCCUCUAAAGAUGUGACUGAUGGACGCGUGACUGAAGAUAGUAGCUUAAACAUUUCAGAAAAUGGGAUACAGAGUAUUACAGAAAAUAAUCAUUCUCUUGCUGAACCUUUACAGUUCAACAAAUUAGAAACGCCAGUGGAAGCAAAAGUCGAAGUCCCCGACGGGAACCCCAUCCGCGAACAGCAGAAUGAAGAGAAGCACCAAGCUGACCUAAUGAAAAGUGAGAUUUUUGACUAUAGAGAAAAUGUAAAUCCUAGUGAAUGUAAAGAGAAAGAGAAGAGUAAGGGUAGCAAGGCGGACGUGCCGAAGGGCGGCGAGGAGUGGCUGGCGGACAAGUCGAACAAGAGCUCGUCGUGCCCGUGCACGCCGCCGCGGCGCGGGCUGAAGCUGACGCUGCGGGUGAAGCGCAGCCCCGCGGCCGAGGAGGAGGACUGCGGGGAGGCGCCCGAGUACGAGGUGCUGCGGCUCGAGGGCGUCGACCCCGACACGGCGCGCCGCCUCAAGAAGCGCCGCCGGUCCAAGGAGCGCCGCCGCAACCACAGCCCGCGCCCGCUGCCGCCCAUGAAGCGGCUCCGGCUCAUCUUCGGCAACGAGAGCCGCACCAUCGACUUCCCGAACCCUGGGGACUGACAGCCGCAACUACCUUAUGAUUAUUUUUCCACCGUGAUUCGAUUAGUUUAAUUCUCUGUAUGAUUUUAUGAGUAGGUUAUUUAUUAUUUGUGAUGUAAACUUAUGUUUGAGUGUUGCGUGUCUAGCUGGACUUCUCACCUAGUAUGACGGAAUGUAGCUUCAAUUAGGAUGGCGGUUAAUGAAUAUUAUUUUUAUUAGCACAAAAGAAUUUGUUUUCACCCUUUAUUCCUGAAACGCUUAUGCCUCUUACUUUGUGAUAUACAUGAUUAGGAAACCUUUAAUUGACUUUUUAAAUAUUUGAAAGUGAACAAUCAAUUUAAAUUAUGCCUAUUUAUCCUUUUAAAAAUCCUAUGUUUUAUUUAGGUUUGUUGUAGUAUACCUAUUUUAUUGAAAUAUUAUGAAUGGACUUAAUUGUAAACAUAACUGCCAAAAACUUUGUUACAUUAACUGAAAUUUUAAUUUUCUUAGUUUAACAAGGUUAGUUCUACUUCUACUUUUAACGAUGUUCACGGUUAAGAUAGGUGAUUUCAUCUUCAUGGAUUUAGCUUGAAGAUUAGGCAAAUAAAUUUAAAAUACCGUUUAGAAACAAAUUAGUAAAUAUCAAAAUAAAAUGCCCAAAUUUAAGCAUAGGGGCUUUUAUAAAACACAUGACUAGUAUAACGAUUUCUGUAAUUGACUAAAAAGACUUUAAAACUGAGUGUCCUAUGAAGCGAGGUAGUUAUGUUACACGCAUAAUUGACAGAAUCGAAGCUGAUCGAUUUAGUAGGUACUAGACUAUGAAGUACUAAAAUAGGUCACUCUACACACAUUUUACUUUUGGCCUAUUAGUAUGUUUAUGUUAUUUAUUUUUUGUAUCGAGACUGGAUAUCGAUCAAAAAUCUCUUUUGUAUAUUAACCGUGAUACAGAUAACUUCCAAUACAUUUUAUUUAUGUAUCUAUGUAAAUAAUGUAAAUUUGUCGCAAAUAUUUUGAGAAUAAGUUCUGAAAACUUGAGAGAAUGUAAGUACGUAGUUAUUUGGCCACAAAAGUAUCUCGAACCGAAAGUCUUCAUUUAGAAUACACUAUGAUAAAUACAAUUUAAUAGUUUAAUUUUGUUUCGAAAUAUUGACUAUUAUUAAGUUUUUUUCUGAAGUGGGGGGGCCAUCUAUUAUGGUGUUUACCUACUUUAGAUCAAGAAUUGUCCAAAUUUGUAAUUUGUUAGUAAUUUUGGGUCGUAGCUGUAGAGAACAAAAGUACCAACAUAUUACGGAUUAAUUUUGUAAAAUCAAAGUUAGUUAAAGUUAGGUACCUACCUACUUAGGAUAAAUAUAGAUAAAUAGGUAGGUUAUGUAAAAAAAAUCUUCUGCAUUCUCCAUGUAAAGCAUCUUGCACAAGCAAAAAAAUCAGCGCAUUUUAAUUUUGAAAUGAAAUUUCUCGACUGCUACAUGAUUGUAAGCCAAUCCUGUACUCGAUCAUCAGUUCUUCAUCUCCGAAGUUAAAAUUGCAACUUUUGUUUAGUCACAUCAAUAAGUUUUAUGGGAAUGGUUUAUAAAAUUGGGCACCUCUACACAAAUAACUUCUAGUAAGUACUUAGAUAAACUUGUAGGUACUUUGAGUAGUUUCGUUUUGUGGCCCAAGCUGUAUAUUGUAGGCAUUUAGAAAAAUUCAUAAUGAAUAUCGCGUACUUUGAGUGCUACAUAUACGUUCUCAUUAUAGCUGAUGGCUGCAACUUUUUAUUACUUUUAAAUUCAAUCAUACGCAAGUACUCAUGUGGCUUAGAUUAAUUCGCUGGACCUAUUUUAUCCGUUUCAGUUAAGACAACGCGAGAUAAUGCGUGCAAGAAUGGCAUUGUCUAAGUACUUAUGUAUUUAUAUAAAAUGUAAGAUACAUAUAACUGCUAGUAAUUUGUUACUUACACAUGUGAUAUUCCAACAUGGAAUAGUGAAUGUAUAAAAUUCAAUAGACGAAACAAGUCGCAUAUUGUUGAUAAAUAAGCCAUUAUGAAAUAUUUUCAUUUAUUAAAUAUCACAAUAAAAUGCCUCCAGUUUCUUUC